UGUUACUAUAAAAGCUAAAGUCAUACACCCUAUUGGUAUCAGUCGUUUCUGAAGUGUCACCGUUAAUAAUGAAAUUCCUAGCUUCUCUCAUUGUCAUCCUCGCCGUUCUUGUUGUGGCCCUUGCUGCUCCUCAAUUCGGAGGGCAAAUUGGCGGUUUCGGAGCAGGUGGUUUUGGCGGUGGUGGUUUUGGUCCAGGUGGUGGUUUCCGUCCGGGUGGUGUUGCUGAAUUCCAAGAAUCAUCAUCAUCAGUAAAUGUUGAAAGAGAAACCUUCGAUCAAGGCGGUUUCGAGAUCUCAGAUUCAUCUGUCACUUCUUCAUCUGUCUCAGAAUCAUUCCGUGAUUAAAACUAUGCUCUUAAUAUUAAUUUUAGAUAAUACUGAAUUAGAAAAUAAAUGUGUUUCCCAUA